AUGUCGACUACGGGUACGAUUUUUGGUCUCCUUGGAAGUUGCAUUGGAUGCAUGGCGAUGAUUGAGGAUAUGAGGAGACAAGAAGCCCAAACAGUCCAAUUGAUCAAUGUGGCUGGCUUUGGUGCUUGUGCUCUUUAUGGCCUCAUUUGGACAUCGAAAUUCUUCACAGUUAAGAAUAAAAUCCCAAUGAGUGCCUACUUCCCUCUAGUGAUCCUCUCUUGUUUCACCAAUCAACUCAACAUGCAAGCGCUUAGCUUUUACUUGCCAUUUCCUCUACAUAUUGUUUUACGAUCAGGUUCUCUAAUCACUUCACUAACUCUCGAUGUAUUUUGGCUGAAAAAGCGAUACUCAUCCAGGAAAUAUAUCUCGGUUUUUCUUGUAACAACUGGAAUAAUCACUUGUACAUUGGCUUCUUCGCAAAAAGUAAAACCAAUCAACAACUGCAUGAACAUUUUGGGGAAAUGCUAUUUGCAUUUCUUCGGUCUCCUCUGCCUUUUCCCAUGGUUUUUCCAAAUGAAAAAAGCAAUGGGCGCAAUGAUUGAUAGCCCGAAUUUGAAUCUUUUCGAUGAAUCAUUUGGACCAAAACUUGUCAUCGAAUUGAUCACAAUGAGUCUAUUUCAAUUUUUCUGUCUCCGAUCCGUUUUCCGAUUGAACGCUUUGGUGGAACCGUUGACACUGAUUUUGGUGCUGACACUGAGGAAAUUUCUCUCGCUUAUCUUCUCGAUCUUUUACUUUCAGAAUCCGUUCACUUUUCUACACUGGUUUGGGACAUUUUUUGUCUUUUUCGGUGCAAUUCUUUUUGAGGAUGUUCUCGUGAAAAAAGUCUAUAAAGAAAAAACGUUUGUCAAUAAAUGCAUUAUA